CCUAGGCCUGUCUCCCUGCCUAAGACAACGCUCUAGCUCUUUCUAGUGCAAACCCAUCUUUGGUCUGAUCGAUUCCACCAAAACAAGGAAGGAGAAUCCAAUGUUCGUGAUCCUCGUCUCAUCUUUCUGCUGAGUUUUUCAAUGGGAUAGCCCAUGAUAUGCCGUCCAUUUGGAUAACGUCACAUUUCUUUCUGGAGCACAUAGCACAUGGAGUUUCUCUGAGCAGGGCCUAGGCCUAAGAGUCUGAAACGGUAAAACUACCAUGAUGUCUGGUCUGAUUGAGGGUCUCCCUGACGCUGUUGCUCUUCACUGCCUUGCACGUGUCCCCUUCUACCUCUAUCCCCAACUGCAACUUGUCUGCCGUUCAUGGAAGACUGCCAUCCAGAGUCCCGAGUUGUUCAAGGUUAGGCUUGAGGUUGGGGCUGCUGAGGAGUUCUUGUGCGUUAGUGCCUUUGAACCAGAGAACUUGUGGCAAUUAUAUGACCCCCGCCAGGAUGUUUGGAUGACACUUCCACCUUUGCCAUCAAAAAUUAAGCACCUUUCAAACUUUGGUGCUGUUUCUGUUGGUGGAAAGCUGUUUGUGCUUGGUGGCAACAGCGAUGCUGUGGAUCCACUGACUGGGGAUCAUGAUGGGAUUUUCCCCACAAAUGAGGUUUGGUCCUAUGACCCGAUUCUUCAGCGAUGGACAUCACGCACACGAAUGUUGGUUGCCCGAGCCAUGUUUGCAUGCUGUGUGUUGAAUGGGCAGAUCAUUGUUGCUGGUGGAUUCACUGAUUGCAGAAAAUCCAUCCCUAGAGCAGAGAGAUAUGAUCCUGAGAAGGAUUUAUGGGAGCCAAUAGCGGAUCUUCAAAACACCCAUAACUCAGCCUGCACUGGGGUGGUGAUAUCAGAAAAGUUUCAUGUGUUGCAUAAAGGUUUGUCAACAGUGCAGGUAUUUGACUACUCUGAGAAUUAUUGGGCGGUGGAGGACUAUGGAUGGCUGCAGGGCCCAAUGGCAAUGGUUGGUGGGGAGCUGUAUGUGUUCAGCCAUGGCAUGAUCAAACAACAGGUAAAACAGCAGAGGUCGAGGGUGGUCGCACCAGCAACAGAUUUCCAGAGCAGAAUUGGGUUUGCAGUAAUUGGACUAGGUAAUGACUUGUAUGUAAUUGGGGGCGUGGAUGGACCAGGGCAAUGGAACCUUCCAAUCAAGCUACUCUCUGAUGUUGAUGUCCUUGACGUGAGGAGUGAAAGGCCAACGUGGCGGCAAGUGUCUCCAAUGACACGGUGUCACGGCACUAUAGUUGGGUGUACAGUUCUUAGGAUUUGAGUGCGGAAGGCCUCUCAUGGUUUUUUCCUUUUGUUCCGUUUUUUUUUUUGCCUUUUUUCCUUCUUGGGUUUAAAUCAUGAGGCUAUGUCUUGCCCGUAUGUUGCAGAGUUUGUAUUCCGCAAAGGUGAGAGAUACUACUGGCAAAUAUUUGGACAAAUCACCAUUUUGACUGAGGGAAUUGCAACAGGCAUCAACUUCAGAUAUUUUUUUUCCAUUU